UUUAAGUUUUUAAUUUUCUGCUCAAAUAGCUCUACCCUCUACUCAAACUUAUGCAUUUUGCAUGUUGAUUUUCCUUAUAGGACGAUCAAUUUACUUCUGGGUUGCAAUUGUGAAUGGAAAGGAUUGAUUGAGUUUUGGUUGUUCUACUUGGUGGGGUUAAGUUAUGAUGGAGUUCUCUGCUUAUUUAAGUUUUCAAAGGCUGCGUAGAACUAUUUGGUUCUGGGCAUUUCUAGUAUUCUUGCUAGGAAAAAGUGGAGGAGUAUUAUCGGAUUCGAAUUAUUUAGUUGGGUUAGGGAGCUAUGACAUUACAGGACCUGCAGCUGAUGUUAAUAUGAUGGGUUAUGCUAACAUGGAGCAGAUUGCAUCUGGGCUUCACUUUAGGUUGCGAGCUCGUUCAUUCAUUGUGGCAGAGCCACAGGGGAACCGUGUUGUGUUUGUAAAUCUUGAUGCUUGUAUGGCCUCACAGCUUGUAACAAUCAAAGUGCUUGAGAGGUUGAAGGCAAGGUAUGGGGACCUAUAUACCGAAAAGAAUGUUGCUAUCAGUGGUAUUCACACCCAUGCUGGUCCUGGGGGUUAUCUCCAAUAUAUCGUGUAUAUUGUGACAUCUCUUGGAUUUGUUCGUCAGUCAUUUGAUGUCCUUGUAGAUGGUAUAGAGAAAAGCAUUAUACAAGCUCAUGAAAAUCUCCGGCCGGGAUCAAUUUUUGUGAAUAAGGGGGAGCUUUUAGAUGCUGGUGUAAACCGCAGUCCUAGCGGUUAUCUUAAUAAUCCUGCAGCAGAGCGCAGCAGAUAUAAGUAUAAUGUUGAUAAGGAAAUGACCCUUUUGAAGUUUGUUGAUGACCAGUGGGGACCAGUGGGUAGCUUCAAUUGGUUUGCAACUCAUGGAACUUCUAUGAGUCGUACUAACUCUUUGAUAAGUGGGGAUAACAAGGGUGCUGCUGCACGAUUUAUGGAAGACUGGUUUGAGCAGAAUGACAUUGAAAGCACAUCUGCUGAUGAAUUCGGGGCCGAUGGACUCCCCCGGAGAGUUUCAAGCAUAAUUUCCAGUCCUUGUCAUAACCACCAUGAGUUACUGGAACUUGCAGCAUCCUUCCAGUCCCCUCCUGGUAAACCAGCAACUAGGAUUUUGAGUGUUGCAAGGCGUGUCAGGAAUGCUUUCAGGCAGGCUGACAAGCCUGGAUUUGUAUCUGCAUUUUGUCAGUCCAACUGUGGUGAUGUUAGCCCAAAUGUUCUUGGAGCAUUCUGUAUAGACACUGGACUCCCUUGUGAUUUCAAUCACAGUACCUGUGGUGGGAAGAAUGAGAACUGCUAUGGUCGAGGACCAGGUUAUCCGGAUGAAUUUGAAAGUACACGUAUUAUUGGAGAGAGGCAGUUCCAAAAAGCAGUAGAUCUUUUUAACACAGCAUCUGAACAAUUAGAAGGAAAAGUUGACUACCGCCACACUUAUUUAGACUUCUCCCAGCUUGAGGUCACACUUCCUAAACAGGGUGGAGGUUCUGAGGUAGUCAAAACAUGUCCUGCAGCAAUGGGCUUUGCUUUUGCUGCGGGAACAACUGAUGGACCCGGAGCAUUUGAUUUUAAGCAAGGGGAUGACCAGGGAAAUCCAUUUUGGAGGCUUGUGCGCAACGUUCUUAAGACACCUGAUAAAGAACAAGUUGAUUGUCAGCAUCCAAAACCCAUCUUGCUUGACACUGGUGAAAUGAAGCAACCAUAUGAUUGGGCACCUUCGAUACUUCCAAUCCAAAUCCUCCGAGUAGGGCAGCUAGUCAUUCUCAGUGUACCAGGAGAGUUCACAACAAUGGCUGGGAGACGUCUCCGUGAUGCUGUGAAGACAGUGCUAACUUCUAGCGGUGAAUUUAAUGAUGCUCAUGUUGUUAUAGCUGGAUUAACUAAUACCUAUUCACAGUACGUGACCACCUUUGAAGAGUACGAGGUGCAGAGAUAUGAGGGUGCUUCCACGCUAUAUGGUCCACACACACUCAGUGCCUAUAUUCAAGAGUUCAAAAAGCUUGCAAGUGCUCUUAUCAGUGGCCAAGCCGUCAAACCUGGUCCACAACCCCCAGAUCUCCUUAGCAAGCAAAUCAGCCUACUUACACCCGUUGUUGUGGACUUAACUCCGUCUGGCGUAAAUUUUGGAGAUGUCAAGUCUGAUGUUCCUAAAAACUCCACCUUCAAGAGAGUUGAUACAGUGACUGUUGUAUUCUGGUCAGCCUGCCCCAGAAAUGAUCUUAUGACUGAAGGUACAUUCUCUCUUGUGGAGAUUCUCCAUGGAAAAGAUACCUGGGUUCCAGCUUAUGAUGAUGAUGAUUUCUGCCUUCGCUUCAAGUGGUCACGACCUUCUAAACUAAGUACCCGGAGUUUUGCAACCAUAGAAUGGAGAAUUCCCACGUCAGCUUCUUCAGGUGUAUACAGAAUAAAACAUUUUGGUGCUGCGAAAAGCCUCAUGGGAUCAAUUUACCAUUUCACUGGUUCAUCAAGUGCUUUUGUGGUAGCAUGAGAGAAGAGCCUUGAAAAUGUACGUUCAUAUCACUUCCUACGCUUGUAUUAUAGAGUGCUAAAUAUAUGUAAUACUUGAUAAUCCUGGGAUUUUACCCAUGAGUUGAACUCAUUUUGCUCUUCCUAUUCCAAGUACAAAAGAAUAGUGUAAUUCUGGUAGUCAAAAGCAAAUCUUUUACUCUGAAA